GGCGGCGUGGUUCAUAUGCUCAGCUGCAGCCCAUGAACUUGCGCUUACCGCCGAUUGACGUGGCCGUGACACAGGAUGAAGUCGGAAUGGCGGCAGCCAUUACGAGGAGUAGGGGGGAGGAGAGUAGGGAUCUCAGACGGCGGAUUGGGCGCGUGGGGUGCUCAGGGCAGGAGAGUGAGGACAGGGCCUCUCAUUUCUCGCCGCAGACGGAGACUCGUUGUGUUCGUGUUGUUGGGUUUUGUAAUGGUAUCUGCCUACGUGUGGCCGUCUUUGCGAAGAGGACAGCUUCCGUCGAGGGGCGACGAGAGAAGGAACGACGACGUUGAGGGGCAUCGAGGAGAGUUGGAGCUCGACCGGGUCGGGGUGGAGAGGCACCGAGGCGAGCGCGACAAGGGGGGAGUGAAUGUGAAUAAUCUCCGCCGCGACACAUCCAAAGGCUUCGCUAGUAAUGACGUCAGGAGGGGCGUUGGCGACGGCGAUGGCGGGGAGGAUAGGGUUCGUCGAUUCGCACUGGAUGACACCACGUUUAUCCGUGCCAACGGCAGUAGCAAGGAACACGUGAAGGAAGAGACGGAGGAGGAGGAUGGCGUCGACAUCGUCACUACCACCGGCGAGGACCAACGUCGCAAUGAGAAUGGUUUCAUCGUCGUCGGCAGCAAGGCCAGAGCCGAUGCGGUGAACAGAAGAAGAGAGGAGAGAACGACGGAGGAGCGUAGGGUGCCAAAGAUUGAGGUGGAGAAGCAGUCGCAGGCGGCGGCGAAGAACGGAGUGGGUACGAACCCGCCGCCGCCGCCGCAGAUAUGGGCGCCUCCGGCCUUAGCGAAAGGCCGACCCUCCCCGCGAGUAGGGACAGCCGAAUCGAAGGAAAGGGAAGAGGAUGGCGGGAUCAUCACUAAGGAGGCUGACGAGGAGAAGGCGGUGGUGACCGAUCACCCUAUUUUCGGCCGGAGAAGGCUGUUAGAGCACUACGACGCUCUUCUAUCUUACGUCAACGGAACGAGGAGACGACGAUCUGGAAUGAAGAAGGUCGAAGUUUGGCCAAUGCCGCUCACACCGGAGGAGCAGGCUCUGAAUGCGGACGUGAAAACGUUCAGGGACAUGUCUGGUAAGUACGCGUCGAUGGCUUUGGCUCGUUGUCUCGCAUGUGCGGAUGGAAGUCUGUUGAGGACCGCGAUGAGGACGGACCUUCUUUGUGAGAACGGAGGACCGAAAACGCCGAUUUUCCCGGCUUUCUGUUACACCGAGCGGUUCACGCCGCGCGACUGUCUCGAAGCUGACAGGCAGAUGAGGGAGGAGCAGAGAACGGGAGGUGGGCGGUUCGUCGCAGCCUUUGAGGGCAAGCAACGCCACCCUUAUCUGGUCAGAUUCGCCGGGGGAGCCUUCGUCACCAAACACGGGCAGAUAUAUAAUGAUGACGUCAUGUUCGACUUUCGAGGUAUGUGUCGCCGUGCUCCUUUGCCGGCCAUCUACCCGGAAAUAGCGAAGGAGAGAAGACGGUACAAGAAGGUAUUCGUGAUCGACCAUGUUUGGCCCGGUAUUCACCACGAGAUUGCAGAGGCGGGGGGGCAACUGAUGGGGUACUACAGAGAGCUGAUGGACGACCCCGAGAUCUAUGUGCACACGACGGUGGAUGAUAGCUGGCUGAUCGUAUCAGAGGAAAACAAGCACGACCUUAAGCCGACAGAAUCAGCGUUGAACAUUCUGGAAACGCUCGGGAUAAACAGGUCGCGUGUGGUGGGAGGCGAUGUGUACGCGGAGGAAGAGGUGGUCGUCGCAGAAGGCUACUGCUUCUACGCGCAGUGGUUGUACGGCUUGUACGGCUCUCGAUUGCGAAACCUGAUUCGACAGCAGGCGCGCUCGGCGAUAACGAGCGAAGAAGAGUACGGAAGAGACCGGGGGCGCGGUAGAGUGGCGGAGGAAGGCGCCAGCGCGAGGGAAGAGCGCGACGGCUCUUUUCUUGCUCGUCCUUACUCUCCUUCUUCUCCCCUAGGGGAGAACGGGAAAGGGAAGGGGGGAGGGGGGGAAGAAGGAGGCGGCAUGGGACAGCAGCAGCCACGUAGAGAACAUGGGGAUGGAAACAUCGUCGUGGUUGAUGGGCAGGAGAGGAAACGAAUUCGCGAGACAUUGGCUGUUGUGGGCAGUGAUGGAGAUGAUGUCAGAAAUGGAGAAAGGGUGAACGAGAACGAAGGUAGGCGGCGAUUGUUGGGGCAAACAGAGGCGCGGCUGCUCACCUUCAACUCUUCCUCGGCAGAUGACGGGUCUAAAAACUCUGAUGCGAAAGAGGGGGUGAACGGUGGGGGGGGGAUUACGGGUGAAGAGAGAAACGGUGCAAUUCUGACGAGUGGGGAUAAUGAUGGUAGCGGUGCCUCGAUGGGGUCAACGAUCCUGUUGAUUAAGAGGUCAGCAGAGAGGAGGAUAGCGAACCAUGAUGAACUUGUUGAGGAGCUGGGGAAAGUGGUGAAUGAGAUCAACGGACGAGAUGCCACCGCCGCCGCCGGGAUAGCAGCAUCCCGCUUAUUAGACGAGGACGUACCGCCGGGCAAGGCGGCGCCGACGCCGAGAUCUCCUUCACCCCCUUCUCCUCCUCCUCGGCCGCGGCGUUCUCCUCUUUCCUCUUUAGGGAUUGGAGAUGUCGAUGAGCGAAGGAACUUGAAAGCCAUCUUGGCGGGUAGGCUCGAUGAACCGAGAAUGAGAAUCAGACUACCGUUGAGAUUGGAGGUGUAUGACGACUCGGUAAGGUUGAGUCAGGUGCAGGUCUGGGCUCUCUUUGCGAAGGCGAGUGUAAUCAUCGGCCCGCACGGAGCGGGUUUCACGAACAUAUUGGCGGCAAGAUCGGGAACCAUUCUGUACGAGAUGGUCGUACCUCCUGCCAUCUACCAUGCGGACUCCACCAUGUUUAAUUUCUGCUUCAGGAUGAUGUCAUUUGCGCUCGGGCUUGAUUACCACUCGGAUUUUCCCGAUGAAAUGGAACCGUACGAGUUUGAAUUUGACAUGGGCGGCAUGAAGUGGAACAAGCAGCACGGCUUCAUGGUGGUAAAUGCCUCGCGGGUGGCGUUGAACAUGAAAACCCUCUUACUUGAGAGGCUCGGAGAGCGCUAGCAGAGCAGGGGCCUUGUCUCUCUCUCUCCUCUCUCACUCUCCCGCGCGGGCAAACCCGCCGCGUCCCAUCUCCUCGCCUAGUCCAGUGUAGCUUUAGCUUACCGACGGCGCACUUUGGUAGGCACAUCAGACAGCAGGAAAUCAUUUUUGAUUAUAUUAGUAUUACGUAGUUACACAGUUUUGCUCUUUGGCUGCGCGCUUCGCCGCAUGCUCUCUCUCUCUCUCUCUCUCUCUCUCUCUCUCUCUCUCUUUUACUCGCUCCCCCUGGGCCUUUGCGAGUGAAUUCGAUUCCUCGCCGCGGGGCGAAAUGUAGGGAUGAAUGCUGCUGCUGCUGCUGCUGCUGCUGCCACAGCGAAAUGGCUGGCGUCGGGCCAAUGUGAGGAGAACGCAUGCGGAGGAUGGAGAGACAGGAUGAGUGGUCGCUGCCGCUGCCAUGUUCUACGUUUUGGUCGUCGGUUGACGCGAGCGAGGCAUUUUGUUUAUGAAGGAGUGAUGUUGAGCACUUGAGGAAGACAUGAUUAGUCGCCAAUUGGCUCGCAAUGUGGAAUGUGGGAUGCUGGGUGUAUUGAGUGUUUUGAUGACAAUUCUAUUGCUGAGCUAUCGAGGGAUACGUACGAGGAGAUGUGAGUGUACAGAAGGGAGGCUAGGGGUGGGUGGGGCGCAGCGGAGGGAAAAGGUGGAAGCGGGAGGAGGGUGGUGGUGGUGGUAGCGGAGAGAGUGGGGGUUAGGGGAGAGAGGGGGAGUGGAGGAGAUAGCGGCGGAACGAGUUGAGGCAAGUUAGGGCGCAGUGUGGGUGGGGUGGACGCGGGAAUCGGAUUCGUGGACUGGAUGAGAUGGCGGCGGUACGAGUUGAGGCAACUUAGGGUGCAAUGUGGGUUAGGGGGAGGGGGAGGCGUAAAUCGGAGAAUGAGAGAACACGGCAAAUUGGGAAACUUGUUUGAUAUCUACAGCUGUUCUCAACAAGAUGACCGUUUGUCGAAAUGUCGUGGUGUCACGCAAAUCUAUUGUCAUCGGUCGUGUGCAAAUCUAUUGUCAUCGGUCGUGUCGAGGGGUAGCCGGGCUUGCGCAUGUACGAGAGCCUCAAGGCUUUUAGACCCCACUGCGCGAGAUGGGUAAUCCCAAUGCCAGUUCAAGAGAUAGUUCAGUAAUAAUAAUUAUAUUCCCUUCGUGAAAUUCAUCAAAUUAUGUCAGUCCGUCGGUCCGUCGUUUUCUGGGUCCUGGAUGGUAGUUUCUCAUCCGUCGAUGAUUCCCAUCCCCAUUGAAUUGACUACGCGGCGGGGAGAGAAGGUCAAAAUCUGUCAGUCCGUCGGUCCGUCCGUCGUUUUCUGUGUCCUCGAUCGUAGUUUCUCAUCCGUCGAUGAUUCCCAUCCCAUUGAAUUGACUACGCGGCGGAGAGAGAAGAGGUCCGAUGCGGUAAAUUCAUUUCCAAUUUUCCUCUUGUGCGCUUGAGUCUCUGAAUGGGGUUGUGUUUUUUUUCGGGUCAUCGCCCAAUUUCCAAUUUCCAAUUCCCAGUAGCUGCUAAGGGUUCAGUCUAGAGAAGAGCUGGGAUGGUUGGAUUUGGGCCGGCGGCGUAUUUUAUCUUGAGGUGAGGUGAGAAAUGAGGCGAUGUGAAAUACGGAGCUCGAAUCUAUAAAUAGAUCGAUCGGCGGUGAUGUAUGCCUGCUUCUUGUGCAGUCGUUGGAAAUACUGUAAGUCCAUCAUGUUAUCGUGGCUGAUCACCAGGGAGAAGCUUGCGGUGAAGUUCGGUCGACCGAGAGAGAGUUGAUUUGAGGGAUAUGUUUGGAAAUGGUAAUCGACAAGUGGAGGGUAGAGGCAAGGAAGGUCAACGUGAAGUCAGAGAAAUGGUAAUCGGUGACUGUGUCUGAUGUCAGAGAGGCGACAGGAGAGAGAGAGCUUAAGGAGAGAGGAUCGUGUAGCUUGUGGCUGAGUGGUUUUGAAAUCUGAAAUGCGGUGAGGAUUAAUUAGGGUUUAGACAAGAGGGGGGGCGACGAGUGGGCGGAAGGGAAUAGUGGAGGUAACUCAUUCACGUUACGUGAUGACAAUGCAAGCGUUGUUGUUGUUGUUGGGUUGGUUGGUUGGUUGGUUGGUUGGUUGGUCGGUGUGGAACCGCCCUUUGACAGACAACCCCCGCGCGUUCGUUGGGCAUUUCCGGAGAGAGCCAAGUAUUACUUGCGUGGCAGUAAUUGCUUGAUGACACCGAACGUGGCACAGGCAAGGAGAGACGGGGAGGGAAAGCUGUCUUUCCCGUGGUUUUGAAUCGAUACUUUGUUCACAUUAUCAGUAUUAUUAUUAUUAUUAUUAUUAUUAUUAUUAUUAUUAUUUCUGGAAUUUAAACGCGUUCGUUUCCGGAGUUUUUCGUUCUUUGUCGAAUCUAACCAACAUUUCUUUCAUGCUAGCGUUAGCGUUGGGCCUCUCGCUCCAGUACUUUCCAAAAGCGCAAAAUGAGACUGAAUCCUCCGCCAAGACAUGGAAAGGUACAUUCCUAUUUUUAUACAUGGAAAGGUACGUUUCCUAUUUUCAUUGUCGUUUUCGCAUGUGGAGAGUAGUGGAGCGAGGCAUGGCUGUCGACACGUCAGCUCGUGUCGUCAGAUGUUGGGUUAAGUCCCUCGACGAGCGCCACCCUCGUUUCUAGUUGCCAUCAUUAUGGAACACUCUUGAGAGACUGCCGGUGAUAAUGCGGAGGAAGGCGACACACGUGCGAGAAUGGCGGGGGCCCCUUACAUUCUGGGUGACACACGUGCGACAAUGGCGGGGCCCCCUUACAUCCUGGGCGACACACGGGCGACACACGGGCGACAAUGACGGGGGCGCCUUACAUCCUGGGCGACACACGUGCGACAAUGGCAAUGGCGGGGACAAAGAGUUUUCAAUCCUGCGAAGGACGGCGAGCUAACCUCAAAAACCCGGUCUCAGUAUUUUGACGAAUACAGUUGCAACUUCUCGUUGUGGGGAGCUUUGAGUAAAUUAAUUCAAGAGCAGAGAUAGUAGAAAUAAAUGUUCUAUAGAGUGAUAUAAGGAAUGGGUAGGUGCGGAGAAUCAGCAGGGUAGGUGCGGAUAAUCAGCAGGGUAGGUGCGGAUAAUCAGCAGGGAAGUCAUGUGUUGGUUGAUACAUGCGCUGCGCCCGUCAACGUCAACGACUACACGCCAGACAUCCCUGCUUGGGAUGAUGAUGAUAUAGUUCGACGUUUGUGGCGACACGAAGGAGGAAGUCCUGUCCUCGGUUGAAAUGAUGUUCCAAGUUUGUUGCGCCCACGCAGCUGUGCGUGGAAUAAACCUCCUCCCUCAGCAGGCAAGAAUUCCUUCAGUGCAGUGCUAGGAAUGAUCGGAGGGCUACGGGGUGCCAUCGAAAGACGGAUGGCAGCGUUGGCGGCGGAUGAGGGAAUAGAGUCGGCCGGAAGGUCUGGCCUGGAAGGGUGGGUGGGUGGCUAUACAAUGUGGAGCGAGUAAUUCAGUGACAGGAGGAUGAUCGAGCAACAGGUGUAGAAUGAAUGGAUGGAUGGAUGGAUGGAUGGAUAGAUGGAUUUGCGGAUUCGCUUUUGGGGUUUGUGGCGCUCCAGUAUGUCGACAACAUGACAAUAAGGAAGAAUCGGAAAAGGAGGGAGAGGGCCGGCGAGGGAGGAGAAGAAUGCAUGAAGAGAGAGGGGGGAAGCUACAACAGAAACGGAGAUAGUUGUUGGUGCCAAAAGCCAUCUGACCAACGAGGCGAAUGCUACUCUCUGGGAUCACUUUCGGCUUUCGCUGCGUUGGAACGUUUAUGUGACACGAUUGAGCACGUUUUUUUUUUUUGUUGUUGUUGUUUUUUUUGUUUCUUUGUUUUUUUUUGGUUUUUUGUUGUGGUUUUGAAUGAGUGAAGAGGGGAAAGUAGAACACGAGCACAAAACGGAGGGAAGUUGGUGGUGGUGUCCAAAGCCAUCAGACCAUGGAGCCGAGCCGAGUGCUGCUCUCUGGGAUCACUUUCAGCUUUCGCUGCGUGGGAACGAAUAUGUAACAAUUGAGCACGG